AUGGUAGUGUACGUAGUGGUGGUGUACGUAGUGGUGGAGGUAGUGGUGGUGGUGGUGUACGUAGUGGUUGUGUUGAUGGUGGUGUACGGAGUGGUGGGGUUGGUGGUGGUGUACGUAGUGGUGGUGGUGUACGUAGUGGUGGAGGUUGUGGUGGUUGUGUACGGAGGUGGUGGUGGUGGUGUACGUAGUGGUGGUGUUGAUAGUGGUGUACGUAGUGGUGGUGGUGGUGGUGGGGUACGCAGUGGUGGAGGUGGUGGUGGUGGUGUACGGAGUGGUGGAGGUGUUGGUGGUGGUGUACGGGUGGUGUUGAUGGUAGUGUACGUAGUGGUGGCGUACGUAGUGGUGGAGGUGGUGGUGGUGGGGUACGUAGUGGUGGAGGUGUUGGUGGUGGUGGACGUAGUGCUGGAGGUGGUGGUGGUGGUGUACGUAGUGGUGGUGUUGAUGUUGGUGUACGUAGUGGUGGUGUUGAUGGUAGUGUACGUAGUGGUGGUGUACGUAGUGGUGGAGGUGAUGUUGGUGGAGGUAGUGGUGGUGGUGGUUGGUGUUGGUGUUGGUGGUGUACGUAGUGGUGGUGUUGAUGGUGGUGUACGUAGUGGUGGUGUUGAUGGGGGUGUACGUAGUGGUGGUGUUGAUGGUGGUAUACGUAGUGGUGGUGUUGAUGGUGGUGUACGUAGUGGUGGUGUUAAUGGUGGUUUACGUAGUGGUGGUGUUGAUGGUGGUAUACGUAGUGGUGGUGUUGAUGGUGGUGUACAUAGUGGUUGUGUUGAUGGUGGUGUACGUAGUGGUGGUGUUGAUUGUGGUGUACGUAGUGGUGGUUGUGGUGUACGUAGUGGUGGUGUUGGUGGUGGUGUACGUAGUGGUGGUCAAGUAAAUUUCAAAUAA